AUAUGACUUGCAAAACAAAGGAAUUUAGAAUACACAUUCGAUUUCAUCAUCUUUAAGCGUUUAGUCGUUUGGAGAUUGUUCGAGACCGUAGACUAUAUUAAUUUGAAGUAAUAUUUCAAUAUAAAUUGCAGUAAAUUUCCUAAUCCACAUUCAUUCCCAAAUCAAAAGUGCAAAGCGAUAGACGUGUUUAAAACAAAUUGAAUUAAAAGUUUGAACAGUAUUUAAACAAGUGAAAGUUAAAGUUAAAGUGUUUGUCAAAGUCGUUCAGAAAUAAAGUUGGUAAAUAAAAAGUGAAGAAAAUGGCCGAUUACGUAUUUAAAGUUCAGCUUCUCCUGCCUGAGAAUGUUGUAGAAACGGUUAUCCUUCGCCAAUACAUUGAUCCUGUGGAUCGUUGUUUCGAUAGAUUCAAAGCGAAUCUGAUUCAGCGUUUCGAUAUUCUGACGAACGCCACAUUUAAAAUGAUGUGGAUAGAUAACGAUGGUGACAAAAUCAGCAUCUACAACGAAGAGGAUCUGCGUACAUACAUGGAAUUGAAAGGAACGAAAAUUUUCGUCGAAGUUGAUGAUGGUUCCGAUCGGAAGGAGAAGAAAUCAGCCGUCGACAAUGCGGCUCCGAUGCAUCGUGCACCCCAUCACUUCCUUCGUAAUCGUUUCUCCGAACGUGAGCGACCUAUGUGUGGCGGCCGUUAUCGAAUGUUCGCCCAGCCAGAUACCGAAAUCAACGGAAACAAUGUAGAUGCGGGAUCUGCUACUUCCGGUGCUCAGCCUGUACUGCACACUCAUGCUGGUGUAACGUGCGAUGGAUGUAACUGCGCAAUUCGAGGAUAUCGUUACAAGUGUAUCGAAUGUCCAGACUAUGAUCUGUGCUUUUCUUGUGAAAUGAAGAAAAUGCACGGGGAUCACUUGAUGCUUCGUAUUGUCAAGCCCUUGGAUCGUCCAUUCAAUCGUCAUUUCCUCAAGUCUAUGCUCAAGCAGCGAUGCCGUGAUUUUGGCGAAGAUAAGGACAAGGACAGGAGAGCUCGUGGUCGACAUAGCACCGCUUUUGUCAAUUUUGAUGAUAUCAUGACUGAUAUUGCCAAGAAUAUCAGCGCUAAUUGCACUGCGCAACCGGCAAACGAAACAAACAAAAACGCUGAACAAAACAAAACCAGCCCAAUCGAUCCCAAGCAGUUUGCCUUGAACUCAGAAACAUUUGCUAAAGCCGGCGAAGUCUUGUCUAAUUUGGCGCAACAUUUCGUCAGCGUUAUGGAUCCAUUUGCUGUGCACGAAUUCAUUCCAACCACCGAACCAACUGGAACAAACGCACCAACAGCAACCGGUAGUGCCACCCAAAACUUGCCAAACAAGGCGAACGACACUCAAACCGUUGUUGACGAGAACCAAGAUAAAAAUGCUAAUCUAGCACAAAUGGAAACGGCUCCGGCCGAGGCUCCGGCAGUCGUACCAACUCCACCGCAGUCCAUACCGGCUGAAACCGAAUCUGCCAAAGAUCUAGUAACCAUCGAAGACGAUGUUGAAACCCCAUCGGCUCCUCGCGAAUCGUCACCAACUCCAGACUGGGCCAUGGUUGAUGCAUUCGGCAUCGUUGAAGAAGGCAGACAACCGAAAAACACCGGAGCAAUUCCAAAAACUCCAGCAAUUCCAACUCCAACUGCUAGUGUUGGAUCGGUUGACGCCGCUCCAUUGCCUAACUAUGCGGUUUUGGCCAGAGAUCUGGAAGAUCAUUUACAUCAUACAUUGAAAUCGCAGGCGUCGCAGACACCACCACAAAUGCCGAUAGUUCAUCACCCAAAUCCGAAAAUCAACGAAGCUAUUGUUACGAUGACUUCGAUGGGUUUCAGUAACGGCGGUGGUUGGCUAACUCGUCUGCUGGAAAAUGUCGAUGGAGACAUUCCCAAGGCACUGGAAAAGCUACACCCAAGCCAGUAAAUCUACUGACGAAGCAUAUUUAUAAAAGAAAAAUUUGGAUGCACGUAACUAGAAAAUAUUCUUAUUCCUUUGGUGUGGUUACAAAUAUUCCGUGUUUUAUUCAGAAAUAUAUUUGAAAUAAAGGCAAUUUAUGUAGAA